GGCCGCUCCUCAGCGGGCGACGGCGCUGCGUCACGGGCUUGCGGCGUUUGGCUCCGGGAGAAGGCCACGGUGGUGGGCCUAGCCUCGGGCCUUCAGCGGCGCAGGAGCCGGGGACGGCGAGAUGCGGCGCAGCAAGGCCGACGUGGAGCGGUAUAUCGCUUCGGUCCAGGGCUCCGCCCCGUCGCCGCGAGAGAAAUCAAUGAAAGGAUUCUAUUUUGCAAAACUAUACUAUGAAGCUAAAGAAUAUGAUCUUGCUAAAAAAUACAUAGCUACUUAUAUUAAUGUACAAGAACGGGACCCUAAAGCUCAUAGAUUUCUUGGCCUUCUUUAUGAAGUAGAAGAAAACAUAGAUAAAGCUGUGGAAUGUUAUAAGCGUUCUGUGGAGUUAAACCCAACACAGAAGGAUCUUGUAUUGAAGAUUGCAGAAUUGCUUUGUAAAAAUGAUGUCACUGAUGGAAGAGCAAAAUACUGGGUUGAAAGAGCAGCCAAGCUUUUCCCAGGAAGUCCUACAGUUUAUAAACUAAAGGAGCAACUUUUAGACUGUAAAGGUGAAGAUGGAUGGAAUAAGCUCUUUGACUUGAUCCAGUCUGAACUUUAUGCAAGACCUGAUGAUGUCCAUGUGAACAUACGACUAGUAGAGCUGUAUCGCUCAAAUAAAAGACUGAAGGAUGCUGUGGCCCACUGCCAUGAGGCAGAGAGAAGUGUGGCUUUGCGUUCAAGUUUAGAAUGGAAUUCAUGUGUUGUACAGACCCUGAAGGAAUAUCUGGAAUCUUCACAGUGUUUAGAGUCUGAUAAAAGUAACUGGCGAUCAACCAAUAAAGACUUACUGCUGGCUUAUGCUAACCUUAUGCUCCUUACACUCACUACUAGAGAUGUACAAGAAAAUAGAGAAUUAUUGGAAAGUUUUGAUAGUGCUCUGCAGUCUGUGAAAUCUUGUGCUAGUGGAAAUGAUGAACUCUCAGCUACUUUCUUAGAAGUAAAAGGCCAUUUCUACCUACAUGCUGGCUCUCUGCUUUUGAAGAUGGGUCAGCACAGUGAUGUGCAGUGGAGAGCUCUGUCAGAGCUGGCUGCAUUGUGCUAUCUCAUAGCAUUUCAGGUUCCAAGACCGAAGAUUAAAUUAAUAAAAGGAGAAGCUGGACAGAAUCUGCUGGAAAUGAUGGCCUUUGAUCGUCUGAGCCAAUCAGGGCACAUGCUGCUCAACUUAUCUUGUGACAAGGAAGAUUUUUUAAAAGAAGUUGUAGAAUCUUUUGCCAAUGAAAGUGGGCAGUCUGCUUUAUAUGAUGCUCUGUUUUCUAGUCAUCUGCCUAAGGAAAGAUCUUUUCUUGGUAGUGAUGUUAUUGGAAAUGUUGAUGUACAAGCACCAGAACCUGAUGAUUUGGCUAGAUAUGAUGUUGGUGCAGUCCGAGCACAUAAUGGCAGUCUUCAGCACCUUACUUGGCUUGGCUUACAGUGGAAUUCAUUACCUUCUUUACCAGCAGUUCGCAAAUGGCUAAAACAGCUUUUUCAUCAUUUGCCCCAGGAAACCUCAAGACUUGAAACAAAUGUACCUGAAUCAAUAUGUAUUUUAGAUCUUGAAGUAUUUUUACUUGGAGUAAUAUAUACCAGCCACUUACAGUUGAAAGAGAAAUGCAGUUCUCAUUGCAACUUCUAUCAGCCACUGUGCUUACCACUUCCUGUGUGUAAACAGCUCUGUACAGAAAGACAAAAAUCUUGGUGGGAUGCAGUUUGUAAUUUAAUUCACAGAAAAGCAAUACCUGGAACCUCAGCAAAAUUGCGACUUCUUGUUCAGCGUGACAUAAAUACUCUUCGAGGCCAGGAAAAGCAUGACCUUCAACCAUCACUUCUUAUACAUUGGGCAAAAUGCCUUGAGUUAACAGGUAGCAGUCUUAAUUCUUUUUACGAUCAACGAGAAUACAUAGGACGAAGUGUUCAUUAUUGGAAGAAGGUUUUGCCAUUAUUGAAGAUAAUAAAGAAGAAGAACAGUAUUCCUGAACCUAUUGACCCUCUGUUUAAACAUUUUCAUAGUGCAGACAUCCAGGCAUCUGAAGUUGGCGAAUACGAAGAAGAUGCACAAAUAACAUUUGCUAUUUUGGAUGCAGUUAAUGGAAAUGUAGAAGAUGCUAUGACUGCUUUUGAAUCUAUAAAAAAUGUUGUUUCUUACUGGCACCUGGCACUGAUUUUUCACAGAAGAGCAGAAGACAUUGAGAAUGAUGCCCUUUCUCCUGAAGAACAAGAAGAAUGUAAAAAUUACUUGAGAAAGACCAGGGACUACCUAAUAAAGAUUUUAGAUGACAGUGAUUCAAAUCUUCAAGUGGUGAAGAAAUUGCCUGUACCUCUGGACUCUGUAAAGGAGAUGCUUAAUUCAGUCAUGCAAGAACUUGAAGAUUAUAGUGAGGGAGGUCAUUAUAAAAAUGGUUCUUUGCGAAAUACAGAUUCAGAAAUAAAGCAUUCUACACCAUCCCCUACCAAAUAUUCUCUGUCACCAAAUAAAAGUUAUAAGUAUUCUCCCAAAACACCACCUCGAUGGGCAGAAGAUCAGAAUUCUUUACUAAAAAUGAUCUGUCAACAAGUAGAAGCCAUUAAGAAAGAAAUGCAGGAGUUAAAACUGAAUAGCAGUAACUCAGGGUCCCCUCACCGAUGGCCUGGAGCCAAUUAUGGACCAGAUUCAAUGCCUGAUGGAUAUCAGGGAUCACAGACUUUUCAUGGGGCUCCUCUGACAGUUGCAACUACUGGCCAUACAGUAUAUUAUAGUCAGUCACCAGCAUAUAAUUCCCAGUAUCUUCUAAGACCAGCAGCUAAUGUUACUCCCACAAAGGGUCCUGUUUACGGCAUGAAUAGGCUCCCACCUCAGCAGCAUAUUUAUGCAUACCCACAACAGAUGCACACACCACCAGUACAAAGCUCAUCUGCUUGCAUGUUCUCUCAAGAGAUGUAUUGUCCUCAGCUGCGUUUCGAGUCUCCUGCAACAGGAAUUCUGUCACCUAGGGGUGAUGAUUACUUUAAUUAUAAUGUUCAGCAGACCAGCACAAACCCACCUUUGCCAGAACCAGGUUACUUCACAAAACCUGCAGUUGCUCCUCAUGCUUCAAGAUCUGCAGAAUCUAAAGCUGUAGAAUUUGGAAAGACUAAUUUUGUUCAGCCUGUUCCAGGUGAAGCAGCAAGGCCAUCUCUAACAGCACCCACACAUGCAACACAGCCAAUUCCCUUUAAGUUUAACUCGAAUUUUAAAUCCAAUGAUGGUGACUUCACAUUUUCCUCACCACAAGUUGUGACACAGCCCCCUUCUUCAACUUAUAGUAAUAGUGAAAGCCUCUUAGGUCUCCUGACUUCAGAUAAGCCUGUGCAGGGAGAUGGCUCUAGUGGGCCAAAAGUUAGCCAAACUAUUGGACCUCGAAAUACAUUCAGUUUUGGAAACAAAAAUGUGCUUGGAGUUCCAUUUGCUGAAAACAUGAGCUCAGAUCAGCAAAAGAGCUCAGGUUUUCGUCGAGGUGAUGAGAUGUUUACUUUCCACGGUCCAGGGAAAUCAGUAUUUGGAACACCAACUUCAGACCUAGCCAAUAAGAGUCAUGAAACAGAUGGAGGAAGUGCCCAUGGUGAUGAUGAUGAUGAUGGCCCACACUUUGAGCCUGUCGUACCUCUUCCUGACAAGAUAGAAGUAAAAACUGGAGAGGAAGACGAAGAAGAAUUCUUUUGUAAUCGUGCAAAAUUGUUCCGAUUUGAUGCAGAAUCCAAAGAAUGGAAGGAGCGUGGUAUUGGCAAUGUAAAAAUCCUAAGACAUAAAACAUCUGGCAAAAUUCGUCUCCUAAUGAGACGAGAGCAAGUAUUGAAGAUUUGUGCAAAUCAUUAUAUCAGUUCAGAUAUGAGACUGACACCAAAUGCUGGGUCAGACAGAUCCUUUGUGUGGCAUGCUCUUGAUUAUGCUGAUGAGUUGCCCAAACCAGAACAACUUGCUAUCAAAUUCAAAACUCCUGAGGAAGCAGCACUUUUUAAAUGCAAGUUUGAAGAGGCCCAGAAUAUCUUAAAAGCAUCAGGAGUAAAUAUGGCCACAACAACAGAUCAGGCAAUGAGAAUUGUAAAGGAACCCACAAGUCAGGAUAACAAGGAUAAUUGUCAAUCUGAUGCAGGUAACAUGAAUUUUGAUUUUAAAGCUGCAAAGAAAGAUGGGUCUUACUGGCAUUGCAAUAGCUGCUCACUGAAGAAUUCUGCAUCUGCUAAGAAAUGUGUAUCAUGCCACAACAUAAAUCCAAACAGUAAAGACUUCUUUGAUCCACCAUCAGGUGAGACUGUUUCUCCUCUUAAAACUGGUCCAGAAAAUACUUCAGAUAGAUUUAGAUUAAUGUUUUCAAAGAAAGAAGGUCAGUGGGACUGUAGUAUUUGUUUAGUACGAAAUGAACCCACUGCAUCUAGAUGCAUCGCAUGCAAUAAUCCAAAGUCUUCAAACAAGAGUGGAUCUUCAUUUGUUCAACAAGCUUCCUCUAAGUUUGGCCAGGGCGAUCUACAUAAGUCUGGUAGCAGUGACUUCAAGUCAUGGGAUUGUAGUGAAUGUUUUGUACCAAAUGAAGCAAAUGCUGUAAAAUGUGUUUCUUGUGGUAAUCAGAGAAAACAGAAUUUGCCAACUUGUACUUCUACACCUGCUACUUUUAAGUUUGGUACAUCAGAGACCAUUAAAAUUCCAAAGAGUGGAUUUGAGGGCAUGUUUGCUAAGAAGGAUGGACAGUGGGAUUGCAGUGAUUGUUUGGUACGAAAUGAAGCAAGUGCUACAAAAUGUGUUGCUUGUCAGAAUCCAGGGAAAUCCAAUCUCUCUACUUCUGCUGUUCUGUCACCUGCCUCUUUUAAAUUUGGUACAUCUGAGACAAGCAAGGCUCCAAAAGGUGGAUUUGAAGGAGUUUUCACUAAGAAAGAAGGACUGUGGGAUCGCAAUGAAUGUUUGGUACCAAAUGAAGCCAGUGCUACCAAGUGUGAUGCUUCUGAAAAUCCAAAUAAACAAAAUCAGCCUCUGUCUACUGUUUCACCACCUGCUUCAGAUACCAGCAAGACUCCAAAGAGUGGAUUUGAAGGAAUGUUCAUGAAGAAAGAAGGACAGUGGGAUUGUAAUGUUUGCCUUGUACGAAAUGAAAGUUCUUCUUUGAAGUGUGUAGCUUGUGACACCUCUAAACCAGCUCAAAAACCGGUAAUAGAAUCUCCUUCAGCUUUCACAGCAGGCUCAAGCACCAAGCUAAAGGACUUUUCUGGAAGUCAGGUGGGAACAGGCUUUAAAAGUAACUUUUCUGAAAAAUCUUUUAAAUUUGGCAAUGCAGAACAAGGAUUUAAAUUUGGGCAUAUGGAUCAAGAAAAUAUACCUUCAUUUACAUUUCAGGGUUCCAAUACAGAUUCUAAGUCAGCAAAAGAAGGAUUUAGCUUUGCUAUCCCUAUGCCUGCUGACGGACUUAAAUUUGGUAUUCAGGAGCUGGGCAAUCAAGAGAAAAAAGGUGAAAAGCUCCCUGAAGAUGACACUGGUUUACAGGCUCAGGAUGUUAGUCGGAAGAAUGAUAGUGGCGUAUUGUUUGGUCAAACUGGCAAUACUUUUACCUUUGCAGAUCUUGCUAAGUCAACCUCUGGAGAAGGAUUUCAGUUUGGCAAAAAAGACCCAAAUUUCAAGGGAUUUUCAGGUGCUGGGGCAAAAUUAUUCUCCUCACAACCUGGUAACAUGGCGGAUAAAGCUGAUACUUCUGGUGACCUUGAGAAGGAUGAUGAGACCUAUAAGACUGAGGACAAUGAUGACAUCCAUUUUGAACCAGUUGUUCAAAUGCCUGAAAAAGUAGAACUUGUAACGGGAGAAGAAGACGAGAAAGUACUUUAUUCACAACGUGUAAAAUUGUUUAGAUUUGAUGCUGAGAUAAGUCAGUGGAAAGAAAGGGGUUUAGGGAACUUAAAAAUUCUCAAAAAUGAAGUCAACGGUAAACUAAGAAUGCUGAUGCGGAGAGAACAAGUACUCAAAGUUUGUGCUAAUCAUUGGAUAACCACUACAAUGAAUCUGAAGCCACUUUCUGGAUCAGAUAGAGCGUGGAUGUGGCUGGCUAGUGAUUUUUCUGAUGGUGAUGCCAAACUAGAGCAGCUGGCAGCAAAAUUUAAAACACCAGAGUUGGCCGAAGAAUUCAAGCAGAAAUUUGAGGAAUGUCAGCGACUACUAUUAGAUAUACCACUUCAAACUCCCCACAAACUGGUAGAUACUGGUAGAGCUGCCAAAUUAAUCCAGAGAGCUGAAGAGAUGAAGAGUGGUUUAAAAGACUUCAAGACAUUCUUGACAAAUGAUCAAACAAAAGUCACUGAUGAGGAAAAUAUUAAGAGUUCAGAUGUAGAUAUAGGUACUGGUGGUACUUUAGAUAUCUCCACCAAGCCAAAUCCUGAAAACACAGGGCCCACGUUGGAGUGGGAUAACUAUGAUCUAAGGGAAGAUGCUUUGGAUGACAGUAGUAGCUCAGUACAUGCUUCUCCUUUGGCAAGUAGCCCUGUGAGAAAAAAUCUCUUCAGAUUUGGUGAGUCCACAACAGGGUUUAACUUCAGUUUUAAAUCUGCUUUGAGUCCAUCUAAGUCUCCUGCCAAGUUGAACCAGAGUGGGACCUCAAUUGGCACUGAUGAAGAGUCUGAUAUUAAUCAAGAAGAAGAGAGAGAUGGGCAAUAUUUUGAACCUGUUGUACCUUUACCAGAUUUAAUUGAAGUUUCCAGUGGUGAGGAAAAUGAACAAGUUAUUUUUAGUCACAGAGCAAAACUGUAUAGAUAUGAUAAAGAUGUUGGUCAGUGGAAGGAAAGGGGCAUUGGUGAUAUAAAGAUUUUACAGAAUUACGAUAGUAAGCAAGUUCGCAUAGUGAUGAGAAGGGAUCAGGUGUUAAAACUUUGUGCCAAUCACAGAAUAACUCCAGACAUGACUUUGCAAAAUAUGAAAGGGACAGAAAGAGUGUGGGUGUGGACUGCUUGUGAUUUUGCAGACGGCGAAAGAAAAGUAGAGCAUUUAGCUGUCCGUUUUAAACUGCAGGAUGUUGCGGACUCAUUUAAGAAGAUAUUUGAUGAAGCAAAACUAGCCCAAGAAAAAGAUUCAUUGAUAACACCUCAUGUUUCUCGUCCAAUUACCCCCAGAGAGUCGCCAUGUGGCAAAAUUGCUGUAGCUGUAUUAGAAGAAACCACAAGAGAGAGGACAGAUUUAACACAGGGUAACGAUGUAGCAGAUGUAACUCCGGAAGCUGGAGAAGCACCUAGCACAUCUGAAACACCAACAAAAGCAGUGGUUUCUCCUCCGAAGUUUGUAUUUGGUUCAGAAUCUGUGAAAAGCAUUUUUAGUAGUGAAAAAUCAAAACCAUUUGCCUUUGGCAACAGUUCAGCUACUGGAUCUUUAUUUGGGUUCAGUUUUAAUGCACCUUUGAAAAAUGAUAGUGAAGCCGGUUCAGUAGUCCCGAGUGGAUCUGCAAGAAAACUGGAACCAAAUUUUUGUGAACAGUCGAAGAACUGUGAAAGUGAGCAGUCUUCAGAUGGCAAAAUCAGAAAUCUCCUUGCUUUUCCUAAGGAUGAAACCUCAGCUAAUUACACAUUUAAAACACCAGAAAAAGGAUUUAAUUUUAGCCUUUUUAAAUCUAAUCCAAUGGCUUUUUGGACCACCACCCCUUCCUCACUGCGUGAAAACAAAGCAGAUGAGAAGAAGAAAUCUGAAGCGUCUCUCUCAGAUGACGAUGUUCUCAUUGUGUAUGAGCUAAGCCCAACUCCUGAGCAAAGAGCUCUUGCAAGCAGACUGAAACUUCCUCCAACUUUCUUUUGUUAUAAGAAUAAACCAGAUUAUGUUAGUGAAGAGGAGGAGGAUGAUGAAGAUUUUGAGGCAGCUGUGAGGAAACUUAAUGGAAAAUUAUAUCUCGAUGACUCAGAACAGUGUAAACCCUUAAAAGAAAAUCAUGAAGAUAGUGAUAAAGAAUGCGUAAUUGUUUGGGAAAAGAAACCAACUGUACAAGAGAAGGCAAAAGCUGAUACAUUAAAGCUCCCACCUACAUUUUUUUGUGGUGUCUGCAGUGAUACUGAUGAGGACAACGGAAGUGGGGAAGACUUUCAAUCAGAGCUUCAGAAAGUUCAGGAAGCUCAAAAACUCCAGAAUCAGGAAAUAACCAGCACAACUGAUAGUGUGUAUCCAAGUAGUACAACCGUGAAUUCACCAUUUGUAUGUAAAUCUGAAGAACAUGAUUUUAAAUCUGUUAUUUCAACACCUACUUCUGAAACUCUGGACAAGCCUGUAGAUUUGUGUACUAGAAAGGAAAAUGAUGAAGACUCUAUAAGCCAAGUGGAAAACAGAACAAUUUCAUUUGGAUUUGGAACUAGCACAGGACUAUCAUUUGCAGAUUUGGCUUCUAAUAAUUCUGGAGAUUUUGCUUUUGGCUCCAAAGAUAAAAAUUUCCAGUGGGCCAAUACUGGAGCUGCUGUGUUUGGAGCACAGGCAACGAGUAAAACCCGUGAAGAUGAAGAUGGCAGUGAUGAAGAAGUAGUUCACAGUGAAGAUAUCCACUUUGAACCAAUAGUGUCACUACCAGAGGUUGAAGUUAAAUCUGGAGAAGAAGAUGAAGAAAUUUUAUUUAAAGAGAGGGCCAAACUUUACAGAUGGGAUCGUGAUGUGAGUCAGUGGAAGGAACGUGGUGUUGGAGACAUAAAAAUUCUUUGGCAUACAGUGAAGAAUUACUAUCGUAUCCUAAUGAGAAGAGACCAAGUCUUCAAAGUAUGUGCAAACCAUGUUAUUACCAAAACAAUGGAACUAAAACCCUUAAAUGUUUCCAACAAUGCUUUGGUUUGGACCGCCUCUGAUUAUGCAGAUGGAGAAGCAAAAGUGGAACAACUUGCAGUGAGAUUUAAAACUGAAGAAAUGGCCGAUUGUUUUAAGAAAAAAUUUGAAGAAUGUCAACAGAAUUUAUCGAAGCUCCAGAAAAAUCAUGGGUCACUGACAACAGAAUUGUCAAAGGAGACAAAUCCUGUGGUAUUCUUUGACAUCUCUGCAGAUGAGGAGCCGCUCGGGCGUAUAACUAUGGAGUUACUUUCAAAUAUUGUUCCUCUCACUGCUGAAAAUUUCCGAGCUCUGUGCACUGGAGAGAAGGGCUUUGGCUUCAAGAAUUCCACUUUCCACAGGGUUGUUCCAGAUUUUGUUUGCCAAGGGGGAGACAUCACCAAACAUGAUGGAACAGGAGGACGGUCCAUUUAUGGAGAUAAAUUUGAAGAUGAAAAUUUUGACGUGAAGCAUACUGGUCCUGGAUUACUAUCAAUGGCCAAUAGAGGCCGGGAUACUAAUAAUUCUCAAUUUUUUAUAACACUGAAAAAAGCAGAACAUUUGGACUUUAAGCAUGUAGUAUUUGGGUUUGUUAAGGAUGGCAUGGAUACUGUGAAAAAGAUAGAAUCAUUUGGUUCUCCUAAAGGCUCUGUUAGUCGAAAAAUUAGUAUCACAGAAUGUGGAGAAAUAUAAAAAUCAUUGUCUUUUAUAGUAAAUUUUACCUAUAAAAACAGUUGAGUUGAAAAUUAGCUGUUAUGAUAUGGUAAUUAUGUUCAGCUUUUGAAAAUGGUAUUUCCAAUGUAUAAAUGUAAAAUUGCAGCUAUUAUAGCUGUUGUAUUUUUUAAUGUGUUAAAUUGACCGUGCAUGGUGUGAAAUAAAAGUUUAAACACUGGUGUAUUUCAGGUGUACUUGUGUUUAUGUACUCCUGACAUCUGUAUUAAAAUGGAAUAAUACUAAUCUUGUUAAAAGCAAUAGACCUUCUCAAACUAUUGAAGGAAUAUGGUAUAUAUGCAAUUUAAUUUUAAUUCCUUUUAAGAUACUGGACUUCUUGCAUGGAUAUGCUUACCAUUUGAAUAAAGGGACCACAGCUUGGAUAAUUUUAAAGUUAGAUUUGAAAUAUAUUUGGUAAUUUUAAUUAUUGAUAUGCUCAUUUAUGAAUGGGUAGUCACAGAGAGUAGAGACUUAACCAAAGUGCUCUUCUGUAAUCCUUGCACCUCCUGUAUAGUCAAACAUUUAAGUAGAAUACGUUCUUGAAAUAAUAUGUAGCCUUUUGUGCCCUUUAAAAGCUAUUAUAUUAAAUUAAUUUUACUUUUAACAAGGUGAGUAUUAGACUCUUUUCUUCCUUUAUCUGUCAUCUGUUUCUACUACCUCAAGCUGCAGCUAGUUCUGAUAGAACUUGAAAUUUUCCUUGCAGUUAUUGUGAUAAAGUAUGAAUAUUUUAAGAAGGUCUAUACCAUGUUCUUUGGUUAAAGAUUUGCUUUAUACUAGAUUGUUGCAGUACCUUUUACUGGUGAAUUUUGUAGCAAAAAAUAAAGUGACAAUUGUUAAUAGCCA